AUGGAUCUUAGUGAUUAUCUUAAAUGUAUCGUGUGUAGAGAUAUAAGAGAUAAACCUCUAGUAUCACAAUGCUGUAACAAAGUUUUUUGUCCAGAUUGUGCUCAAAGACUGACAAAUAAGAAAUCUUGUUCGAUCUGUAAGAAAGAAACUAAAUUCGUCGAAAAUUUUCUUGUAACUAAAUUGGUCAAAAUUAAACUUCGUGACGGUCCAAUUGGUGGAAAUGCUUCAAAUCCUUAUCUUUUAAGAAGGAAUCUUUACAGACCGAGCUCACUGCGAAGUUUAUUUGACAAUUCGGAACCCUCUGAUGUUUUUAAAAUCACUAUAUUAACUUUAGAAGAUAAGAGAAUCACUAUCGAAGUUAAUAAAAAUUAUAAAGUUAAAGACGUCAAAAAAAAGAUCCGAGAAAUAGAAGGUUUUAGCCCUCGAUUGAUUCACCUUGGUAAACAACUAGAAGAUCAUCGUUACAUUUCAGAUUACAAUAUCAAGAAAGAUAGUGUUGUACAUCUUGUGAAGCGAUAUCAUGGUUCUUAA